UCAGAGAAAGAGUUGCGAUUGGCCAAGAGUUUCAGUACAGAGAUUGUAGCUGCCAAGAGCAACAUGUCGCCAGUAGUGAUCAAGUUUGAUUAGAUUAGGCCAAGCCUCCGCGCCGUUACUUUUAUAAAUAAUAAUAUAAAAUAAUAAAUUCCGUCAUUUCCUUCAGAAGUUAUUAUUACACGUAUAAUGAAUUUAAGCGCUGUGCGUUUAUUUGACAAAACAUUUGAGGUCUGCGAAUGUAGUAACACUAAUAAAUGUUAAAUAAAUAAAUAUUAAAAAAUAAUACUCAUAGUUCGGAGUAAAAAGUGUGAACCUAACCCUGGUGGUAUAGUAUAUAACAUAACAUGCUAAAAUCAACGCCAAAUAUAUUUUUUAUUUUAUAAAUAAAAUACAUCUGAUUGUGUGCUUUCAAGAACCGUGAUACUUGAUAUUCGUUAAUUACUGUAAUUAUAACUAAUAAUAACGAUUUAAAAAAACUAUUUAGAAAGAUGGGUUUGCUGUUGUCAAAGUUAUGGAGCCUUUUUGGCAACGAAGAGCAUAAAAUAGUAAUGGUUGGUCUAGACAAUGCUGGAAAAACAACAAUAUUAUAUCAAUUUUUAAUGAAUGAAGUGGUCCAUACAUCUCCAACAAUAGGCUCAAAUGUCGAAGAGGUAGUAUGGAAAAAUAUCCACUUCAUAAUGUGGGAUUUGGGAGGCCAGCAGAGUUUGAGAGCAGCUUGGUCAACUUAUUACACAAACACGGAGUUUAUUAUCAUGGUUAUUGACAGUACGGAUAGAGAAAGACUUACUACUAUAAGGGAUGAACUGUACUCAAUGCUGAAUCACGAGGAAUUGUCUAAAGCCAACGUCCUUGUUUAUGCGAAUAAGCAGGACCUCAAGGGAAGCAUGAGCGCAGCUGAGAUAUCCCGGCAGCUUGAUCUGACGUCAAUAAAGAAGCACCAGUGGCAUAUACAGAGCUGCUGUGCGCUCACGGGCGAAGGACUAUACCAAGGUCUCGAAUGGAUAGUCGGUCGUCUGAAAAAAACAUGACGUACGAUAUAAAAAUAUAAUUUGACUCCAGGCUUGGAGUGAUUUUUAUGUAAAAUAUGUGAAUGAAUUUACUUUUUACAUUUCUUCAUUUUUUUUUUUUUUUUUUAAUUUUGUUUUAGAAAUAAAUAUCGCAGUAAAGGUUGUACAAAUU